AUGGCUUUGAAAACCAAGCGCUCACGGUUGUCAGCUGAUGGGAAUGUUUCCAUGGUCAACCUUCAAGAAGCAUUAGAAAAGGGCAUGGCAGAGACAGGAAGGAACCUACACCAUAUGCUUCAGAUGGCCAGAGAAGGGCAAUGCAACUGGACCAGCACGCCGAAGACCGCGUUGGGAAUACUUUCCAAGUACACUGCUGUGUUCCAGGAAUUGCUGAUCCUGUGCCCUAACACUGCGGUAAACAAGACCAAGAUUGCGCAGGCAAUCUAUCAGUGCCAUAUAGAUGGCGGUGAGGUGAGCAAGUUAGCCACCUUCAGCAAGGAUGAUGCUGACAAGGUUGGCGAGGUGAUUCGGAUUACCCUGAGCAAACUUCGCAAAUGCAGCGCUGAUGAGAAACA